ACAAACACAGUGAUUGAAGUACGCAUGAGAGUAGUAGGGCGGAGACUGAAUACUAGCACGAGUCGUGUAACUGUGUAAAGGGUCACCCGGUUACACGUGAGCAUGGUGGGACAAGAAGGAAACUUAACAGGGAACGACAACAACCUGAUGAACUGAACCGGAAAAUGGCGACAUGUGAGGGAAAUGAAGCGCGCUCCGUGCUCAACCGGGUUCCUCCGUUACUCACGGAUCUGUACCAGUUCACCAUGGCGUACGCGUACUGGCGCGCGGGCAGACACAACGAGCCGGCCGUGUUCGAGCUGUUUUUCCGCGAUAACCCGUUCGGCGGAGGCUUCUCGCUCUUUGCGGGUCUCAGCGACUGUUUGCUCUUUCUGCAGAACUUCACUUUCUCAGAUGACGAUGUGGAGUAUCUGCGCUCCGUUCUCCCAGCAGGCACAGACGCUGCGUUCUUCUCGUAUCUGAAGGAGCUGGACUGUUCGUCUGUGUCUGUGACGGCGGUACCUGAGGGGUCCGUGGUCUUCGCUCGAGUUCCUCUGCUGGAAGUGUCUGGACCGCUGGCCGUGGUUCAGCUGCUGGAGACCAGUCUGCUCUGCCUGGUUAACUACGCCAGUCUGGUGUGUAGCAACGCUGCUCGUUUCCGUUUGGCUGCAGGUCCCAGACGCAGAUUAAUGGAGAUGGGGCUCAGAAGAGCUCAGGGUCCUGACGGAGGCCUGACUGCCUCUCGAUACACAUACAUUGGUGGUUUUGAUUUGACGAGUAACGCUCUCGCCGGCCGUCUGUUUGGCAUAACUAAUAUAUAACACUAUAUAUAUAUUUCUUCAGUCAUGUGUGUUGAUUUGUGAUGGCAGACUCUGGUGCCCUGCGGCGGCGGCGGCCCUAUUGACUUCAUCUGUCUGGUGAAGGGUUGGCUGGGUCGUGUCUGUCAGCUAUUGGGGUCAAAGACGAGCCUCGUUCGGGAGGGAGAGCUGGCGGCCUUCCUGUCCUACGCCAUCGCCUACCCGCAAAACUUCCUGCCUGUGAUUGACAGCUACAGCGUCAGCUGCAGCGGUCUGCUGUGUUUCUGUGCCGUGGCUCUGGCUCUGUAUGAGCUGCAGUACCGGCCGCUGGGCAUCAGGCUGGACAGCGGGGACCUCUGCAGGCAGUCGCUGGAAGUGCGGCACGUCUUCAAAGAAUGUAGCAAACAGUUCUCAGUUCCUCAGUUUGAGUCUCUCAUCAUCGUCGGCACAAACAGUAUUUCAGAACAGAGUCUCGCUGAACUCCACAAGAAAGAUAAUGAGAUUGACGUGGUUGGAGUGGGGACUCAUCUGGUCACAUGCACGCGUCAGCCCUCUCUGGGGUGUGUAUAUAAGCUGAUAGAGGUCAGAGGUCGUCCCCGAAUGAAGAUGAGUGAAGAUCCAGAGAAAAGCACACUGCCGGGACGCAAGUCUGUCUAUAGGCUUCUGGACACAGACGGUCAUCCGCAGAUGGAUCUGAUCUGUCUGUCAGAAGAAGCAGCUCCUAAAGCGGGCGUCUCCCUGACCUGCUUCCCUCUAGGACUGAACGAGACGCUUCAGACGGUCACACCGGCUCAAGUAACCAGUCUGCGUUUGGAUGUCUUCACCUGUGGACAGAUCACAUUCCCCCUAAACAGUGCGUCAGAGAGUCGUGAGCAUGCACAGAUUUCUCUGCAAACGUUGCAUCCGCUUCACAAGAGACUACAAGAGCCGCACGAUUACACCGUGGCUUUAUCAGAGCGGCUGCACUCCCUGGUGUCUGAUAUCACAAAAGGAAACAGUAAAGGCAGCAACUUCCUGCUGUCGAACUGAAGCCGAGCCGAAACAUGGAGCACAGACCAAACUCAGAAGCAUUACAUCUAAAGGAAAAGAUGCAUUAAAAUCCCCUUUUCCCUUU